AUGGAUGAAACCUUGUGUCUUGUGUUGUUGUUUUCUUCUGUAGAACAUUAUAAACAUCACUGGUUCCCAGAAAAGCCGUGCAAGGGAUCAGGUUACCGUUGUAUUCGCAUCAACCAUAAAAUGGAUCCUCUGAUUGGACAGGCAGCCCAGCGCAUUGGACUGAGCAGUCAGGAGCUGUUCAGGCUUCUUCCAAGUGAACUCACACUCUGGGUCGACCCCUACGAAGUGUCCUACAGAAUCGGAGAGGAUGGCUCCAUCUGUGUGCUGUACGAAGCCUCACCAGCAGGAGGUAGCACUCAAAACAGCUCCAACGUGCAAAUGGUAGACAGCAGAAUCAGCUGUAAGGAGGAACUGCUCUUGGGCAGAACAAGCCCUUCCAAAAACUACAAUAUGAUGACUGUAUCGGGUUAA